AUGGGGUUUGGAGCGACUGUGGCCAUUGGCCUGACCAUCUUUGUGCUCUCCAUUGUCACCAUCAUCAUCUGUUUCACCUGCUCCUGCUGCUGUUUGUACAAGAUGUGCCGCCGACCCCGUCCGGUUGUGACCACCACAUCCACCACCGUGGUGCAUACCCCAUACCCGCAGCCUUCGAGCAUGCCGCCCAGCUACCCUGGGCCGACGUACCAGGGCUACCACCCUGUACCCCCCCAGCCAGGGAUGCCGGUAGCACCCUACCCAAUGCAAUACCCACCGCCCUACCCAGCACAGCCCAUGGGCCCACCUGCCUACCACGAGACACUGGCUGGAGGUGCAGCCGCGCCCUACCCGGCCAGCCAGCCUCCGUACAACCCGGCCUACAUGGAUCCCCCAAAGGCAGCCCCCUGA